AUGCUACCGUUAGAUCCAGAACUAUCUUACUUGCUUACUAGUCAGAACGUAUUUAUUAUGUAGAUGCACAGAGGAGAGUUUAUGCACUCAGAAAAUAUGACUCCAUAUUGCAAUAAAAAAUCUAUGAUUUUUGUUAUAAGACUUAUGUUUAAUUUUUGAAAGCUCCUUUUUCAAAUAGUCGUUAGACAUAUUGAUAAAGACGAUUCUGAGCGUCCGCUGAAACUUUGGCUUUCAAUACAUUUAUUUUUGGAUAUGCUUUAUAUGAUACUACUCGUUAUAAAUGUGCCACAUUUAAUUGGAAACUCAAGAGUUUUAACAGAAUUUUCGCAAAAUUCUUUUCAUAAGUUUGCUUUGAAAGUACAGGCUAGCUUAUAUAUUUUUUGGGUUUUAGUUGGGUUUGCACUAUAUUGGAGGUGUGAGAAUUGUUAUGAAGAAAAUUUUGUGCAGACUUUUACGGUUUUGCUACUAGAAAUUUUAGGAUUUUUUAAUCUUAUAUUGCCGAUGCUGGCAAUAUUUGGAAUUUGUGUACUUUUGCCAACAACAUUGCUGUUGAUGGAGAUAGCUGAAGAUAAAUCGUGAAUAGAAAAUAAAGAUCGGAAAAGCUUUAAUCUAGAGACUGUGAGCUUUAUUAAAAAUGGAAAUACAGGCGACCACUCUUGCUCAAUAUGUGCUAUAGAUUAUGAAGAAAAUGACAAGAUAAUCAUUUUACCAUGCAAUAUAAGACACUUUUUUCAUGAAAAAUGCAUAAAUAAAUGAUUGUCUAUCACUCCUAAAUGCCCAGUUUGUAGAGCAAGAGUAUUAUCUUAA